ACAUCCAAUGGGAGAAGACGCUGCUUGUGUCACCAUGGUGACGGGGCUGUGCCCAGGGAGGUUGUGAUGGGUUGACAGGUGCGUGACAAUCGGAGCUCUCUGCAAGCAUGUACGCCAAAGGCAAGAGUAGCAGCGUGCCGUCCGACAGCCAAGCCAGAGAAAAGUUAGCUCUGUACGUGUACGAAUACCUGCUGCAUGUAGGAGCACAGAAGUCAGCACAGACCUUCCUCUCCGAGAUCCGAUGGGAGAAGAACAUCACAUUAGGAGAACCUCCGGGGUUCCUCCACUCGUGGUGGUGUGUCUUCUGGGACCUCUACUGUGCGGCUCCAGAGAGGAGAGACUCGUGUGAACACUCCAGUGAAGCCAAGGCCUUCCAUGACUAUAGCGCUGCAGCAGCUCCCAGCCCCGUGCUCGGGAACCUCCCCCCUGGGGACGGCAUGCCGGUCGGGCCCGUCCCGCCAGGAUUCUUUCAGCCGUUUAUGUCACCUCGAUACCCUGGGGGACCCAGACCAACGCUCCGAUUACCCAACCAGGGACUCGGGGUCCCGGGGGGCCAGCCUAUGUUACCCAGUGGCAUGGACCCCACAAGACAGCAAGGACAUCCCAAUAUGGGAGGGCCCAUGCAGCGGAUGACCCCCCCGAGAGGCAUGGUACCACUCGGGCCCCAGGGUUAUGGAGGUGGGAUGAGACCACCACUGAAUGCCCUGGUUGGUCCCGGAAUGCCCGGCAUGAACAUGGGGCCGGGUGGGGGUCGACCCUGGCCGAAUCCUCCAAACUCCAACUCGACACCUUACUCUUCUGCCUCUCCAGGAAGUUAUGUGGGACCUCCAGGAGGAGGGGGACCACCUGGGACCCCGAUAAUGCCGAGUCCAGCAGAUUCUACCAACUCUGGUGACAACAUGUACACUAUGAUAAGCACAGUCCCUCCCGGUGGAAGCCGACCAAAUUUCCCGAUGGGUUCAGGUGGCGACGGUCCGUUGGGAGGGAUGGCGGGAAUGGAGCCCCAUCACAUGAAUGGAUCAUUAGGCUCAGGUGAUAUGGACAGUCUCCCCAAGAACUCUCCUGGUAACCUAAGUAUGAGUAACCAGCCCGGGACCCCCAGGGAGGAUGGAGAGAUGGGAGGAAACUUCCUUAACCCUUUUCAGAAUGAAAGUUAUUCCCCGAACAUGACGAUGAGCGUGUGAAGCCUCUGGAAGCAGAUCUGCUUCAGUCGCAGAGUGACCCGGAUCAGUGAAAAGCAGAAAGACAGGAUGUGAUGUCAUCGAGGCCAGUGACUCUUCCUACACCGCCAACACACAUUUGCCCCAGGCCCUGUCCUCCUACUGUCCCCCAAACCCUCUCCCCUCCAUUGUUUCUGUCCACGUCUCUUCUGUCCUAUUUCUUCUGCUGUUCAAAGUCGUGACUCUGCUACGUUCAUCAGUUCUUCCUCUGCAACUAUAAGACUGUACAAAGCAACCAAAUUGAAACAACCCGGAGGAGAACUCUUUGCAAACAAAGUGAAUGAGGCCGUGCAGAUACGCUGGUUGUCACGUGUUAUAUCUUUACAUCUUGUAUCUUUUCUUGAGAAAAGCGAAAUGGAGAGACUUCACUUUAUAUCGGGUAGUUUUUUUUAUAUACAAUUCCCAAACCCAUGUGGAAAAUUAAAUCUCUUCAAUCAUUAUUUGCAGAAAGGGUUUCCUCACAACCUAAAUAUUUGUCUCCAUUUGUAAUAUGAAGUCACAUUUAGUAGAAACAGUGCAGCAGAAACAAAGACUGUACCGUAUGCUGAAUUCACCAACAGUGAGUUUUAGCAUUUCUGAAUUUAACUUUCUGUUUGGGAGAAGAAGAACGGGUUGCAACGUUGCAGAAAGUUGUAGUCUUGUUUAAAUCGUCCUGUUGACUGACUGUUCAGAGAGCAGCAAGCAUAAAACAAGCAAGAGGAUCUGCACAAAAAUCACAUAGAACCGACUUUCAAAGGUUUUUCUUACUCUUAAUUAUGAAAAACACUGUAUUAGUUCCCUUUUGGAGGAUCAUACAUUUUGUUUACUGCAAAAACAAGGAUGUUUAGAAAUGGGAAAUCAAAAGAUAUUUGAUUUUUUUAUUUAACUAUAUUAUCAAUUAAGAAAGGACACUGAACCUGCGCAUGUUUUCAUAGUUUCUUUUGUUGCUAAGGCCUCUCUCAUCUCUUGUUACUUAAACAUGUAUCAUUUUACAUAUUGGAGUCACAGUAGCAAAGUUAUAUAACGUGUCUUAUCACUUUAGUCUCUCAUACUUAAUUGCCAUCCGGAUAAACUGUGAUCUUAUUGUGAAGUGAAGGGUCGCUUGGUACAGAAAGUGAAAAUAUGCUGGUGUUUUACUUUUUUUUUUUUCGCUCCCCAAGAUGUACUAUCAUCAUGUAGAAAAGGUUGCUAUGCCUGUGAACAUCCUCCUCUCCUCUUCCUUACUGCAAAGUGUACAGCUGACCAAUGUAGCUCCUAUAUCUUGUAUGUGUAUUUGAUAUUAUUAUUAUUUAAAAAAGAAUCUGGAGAGAAUUAUUGCAAAGGGAGGGAUGGAUUGAUGAUGCACCAUCACAACUUAACAGAGGUAUUUUAAUUUGCUUUUCUGUUAGAUUGAAGCCAUAAUUGGGAGUAGAAGAUGCAUUUGUAAAUUGGAUCAUGUUUUCUGUUUAGUGGCAGUACGUGAGACUCCAUUUGUGAUGUUCAUUUUCUCUUUUUUUAUUCUUGUAUUAUGUUUUUGUAAAUACACAGAGAAGUACUUCAUGGGUUUUGAAUAUGCUAGUAUAAAACUUCUCUUCCCUUAUUAAAAGUGUCAACUCUUUUCAUUGGUGCGGACGGCUCAAGCUGCUCUCUUCGUUGUGGGGACGACGUGGGAACAGAACUCGCUCCCCUUCCGACUUCCCCACUUCUUUAAUGCAGCUGUUCAAACCAUUUCAAAGAGCCGGUGAGCAGCUAAGCUCAACACAUUACGUCAAUGCCAAAACACGCGCACAAACUACAGGAACAGUGACGUCUCGCAGGUCUAUGUUAAGUUAGGGAGGGUCAUAACAAGAUUGUGUUGUAAUAUUGGUAAGACUUUGUAAACAUCAAAGGAAGGCACUGACUUGGGGCCGAUGCCACACAGUUGCACCGCGGUGCUGCAGCAGCCUGCUCGGUACGUUGGUCAAAGAAGCCGUUACUCUCUUUACAGAAGAGUACGGUAUGAAAUACAUCUGUUGAAUAGAAUAUCUUCUACAGAAUCUUAAGAUGAGUGACUAUUACAAAUAGUAAGAAAAAUAAAGGUAAUAAUAUUAGAUAGUUUUACAAUUUGUGUUUGUGUGUGAAUGUGUCUUUCUUUUUUAUUGUUUGUGUGUAGGUGUGUGUGAGUGUGAGAAUGUGUCUUUCUUUUUAUUGUUUCUGCCUUUGUGCCUGCGUGUGACUCUGUGCAGGGGGAUGUUCACAUAUUAAAAGAUGCAGGGGUCUUGUUAUUCAGACUCUGCCAGCUGGCUGUUAUGCAAUGGGAAAACUAGGACGAGACCUUGCAUACGGGAAGUGAAAAGGGAAGAUGUGUGUGUGUGUGUGUCUGUGUGUCAGUCCACCAUUACAACACUCCUCGUGGUUCCUUAAGGAGGCUCUCGCUGGCAGGGUCCCUGACUUACUUUUGCUCUCUGGCUGCCUGCUGUCUCGAGCAAUGGAUGCACAGCUGGUCACAGCUCUGCUGGCUCUGCUGGCUCUCACCUCCCUGGGUGCUGCAUCUGAACUGGACUGCAAAGAGCUGGUCAAGCCUCUGGUACUGGACAGCCACAGCCCCAUCUAUGGCAAGUGGGUGCUCCACGUGGGCUCAUGGGACAAGCCCGGUCUGAAGAGCGACCUGGUGACGGUGAACGGCUCCUGGGUGGAUCUGUCGCCUUCCUCAGACAGCGGAGUCAUCUCCAUCUACUGGUCCGACCGCCUAAAUGGAAAUCGAUGCCUGCAGGGAUUAGCCAAUGCCACCAUCACAGGGAUGACCAGUCACACCACCUUUAACAUCAAUGGUCACACUUCAUAUCAUGAUGGGAAGUACUAUGAGACCUGCGCCGACUGCCUCCUGUCUGAAGACACCACUCUCCUCCCCGAUGGAAAGUCCAAGGGACGAUACCUUUACCUCUUUACACGAACCGGCACUUUGGAGCCAUCUGAGUUGGAAACCUUCAAGAAGCAGGCUGAGUGUCUUAACUUCCUCCCAGAGUACCACUUUGGAGGAACAGAACUGUGUCCAGAUAACAGGGUCCCCGCUUUGCCUUCUGCGGAGAGUACAGGGGAUAAUCAAACCGACGUUGAGCCUCCUGCAGAGUAAACCACAGCAAAGAGAUGUUGUAACGCUCUGAACAGCAUCCACUCACCCAAACUCAUCAGCUUAAAAUGUGCUUAAUAAUGCUGUAAUGACAUCUGCAUGCGCUGUGGAGUAACUUUUUGUCAUUCUGUCAUUGCCUCGAUUCAGCAGCAGCAACGCCGUUUGACCUUUUAUUUAGUUUAAUAAAUGUGGUAUAUGAAAAGAAUGUGCCGGACACACAGAUGGCUGAAAAUCCACUUAAACGCCUCGGUCAAAGUAACUUUUUCCAAUUGCUUAUGUGAAGUAAAUAAAACGGCUCUCAGUCCCACUCUG